AUGAUUUCCUCAUCACCAACAUCAACAUGCACAUAUGUAAACGAAAAGGAUAAAAAACAAGAGAAUGAGCUUUUUCAAAAUCCAAUUACAUCUCCUUUUAAAGUUUAUUUAAAUAAUAAAGGUUUAUUUGGAACUGGAAAUUCAAUUUGUAUUGGAUCUAACUUUUAUAUAAUUUCUGCUGCUGGACAACAAGUUUUAUUAAAUAAUAGUUUAAAUAAAAAUAUUGAUUCCAAUAUAAAUUUAAAUGAUCAUUUAAAAAUAAAUAAUAAUACAAAGAGUAUAAAUAGUAAUAAAAUUAAUAAAAUUAAUGAUAAUGAUAAUAAUAAUAAUACAAACAAUGAUAAUUUUGAAGGAUUAAAUAAUUUAAAUAAGGAAAUGUUAAUAUCAGUUGGAUCAUCUUGCGAACAAAUUAAAGUUUUAAAAUUAUUUGUAAUUGAAUCAGUAAAUAUUGCAGUUUCCUACUCAAUACAUAAUGUACCAUUUGUUACAAACUUUAUAAACGAAAUUGGAAAAGUUAGAAUCAAACAAAUUGAAAGUACUUCCUAUUUAUAUAAAGAAGGUGAAAAAAUUAGAAAGAAUGGCGUUGGUACCGGUUUCACUCAAGGUAUAAUCAUUAAAAAUUUAUCACAUCUCUUCAUUUCUAAACCAGAUUUUGCAAAUAAUGGUGAUUGUGGUUCUUUAGUUGUAAAUGAUGACGGUUUUGUUUUAGGUGUAAUUUUAUCAACAAAUCAAAACCAUACAAUAAUAGCAAAGUUAGAAUUAUUCAGCUUUUUAUUUAAAUAA